AUGAAAUUAUUAUAUUUAACUUUCUUAGUUUUACCUGCAGCUUUACUGUGCUUUCAAAGCGCUAACAGCAUUCUAGCUCACGCUGAAGAAGAUGAGCUUGAUGAUGUGGUAGAUAUUGAAGGUGAAGACAGCCAGGUUGUUGGGGAUGAUGCGCUUGGAGAUGAUGAUGACUCUGUAGUGAAAUCCUCACAAGAUGUAGAUACAACCAUAUUAUUCACUAAACCCAUAACUAAUUAUGGUGACAAUGCAUUUGAUCUGCAAGCUGGCUACCCAGUUGAAUUCCUCGUUGGAUUCAUCAACAAAGGGAAUGAGGACUAUAUCGUUGAAACAAUGGAGGCCUCCUUCAGAUACCCCAUGGAUUAUACAUAUUACAUUCAAAACUUUACCAGACUGCCAUACAACCGAGAGGUGAAACCUAAACAAGAGGCUACUUUUGCAUACAUCUUCACACCUAAUGAAGCUUUCGCUGGACGGCCUUUUGGAUUAAACAUUCAACUUAACUACAGAGAUGCUAGUGGUAAUUAUUAUCAGGAGGCUGUGUAUAAUCAAACCAUCAACGUUGUUGAGGUAUCAGAAGGCUUGGAUGGCGAAACGUUCUUCUUGUAUGUGUUCCUUGGUGCUGCCUGUGUUUUGAUCUUGGUGCUGGGUCAGCAAGCACUCUCAUCGCUUGCCCGCCGCCGAUCCCCGCGUGCCGCACCGAAGCCACUUGAAACUGGCACUGCUAACGAUGUAGAUUAUGAUUGGUUGCCUAAAGAAGUUGUUAAUCAGCUAAAAAAAUCUCCGAAAACGCCGAAACAAUCACCUCGCAUGAGGAAAGCAAAGAGAUCAGCUGGGGAUGAUUAA